AUGGAGGAGAAUCGGGGGAUCAUGGCCUCUCUUGAUUGUGAUGAAUUGGAAAGCAAGAAUAAAGGAGACCACAACACAAUCUGCAUAGUAGAGAAGGCGCGUAAAAAUUUUCAGUGUGGAAAGAGCUGCAGUCAGAGCUCCCAUUCCACUUCCCAUAAACGAAAUCUCAUUGGAAAGAAACCCUAUCAGCACAUUGCAUGUGGAAAGAUGUUCAGUACAAGGUCCUCUCUCACUUCCCAUCAAAGAAUUCAUACAGGGGAGAAACCCUAUCAGUGUGUGGAAUGUGGAAAGAGCUUCAGUAGGACCAUAGAAUAUGAAUGGAGUGGUCCUCCCAAACUCUGCCUGCCCUCCAACAUGUUUCAGAGGGAAAUUGGGACCGGCGACUUCUGGGGCCAUGCUCCUGAAUGA